ACUUUUCUUGUGCCUUCACUCCCCAGAGUCUGAUCUGACGGUCAUAUAGAGCAAUCUCAUCUAUACCGAGGUUGGCAUUAGGAACAUUGGAAUAGGUAUCAAGUCGACCUCAGAAGCUCUCACCAGCGCUGAUGGACUGAUUGGAAGUGUUUAUUGAAUCCAUGGCUCCCGUCAAUUCAAUGAUGGGUCAGGUUAGAGACUCAGUCUGAGUCGACAGCUGAACGAUUGGAGGGGUUCCUUCCCAGUUGAGGGGAAAUCCAAGAUGGAGAUAGCAGACCCGAGAUGGAAGAACGGAAGAAAAAAAAACCCCAGAUACAAAUCAUAUAACCAGAACGAGGUCUCUGCACAGAGAGAGAGAGAGAGAGAUGAUCUGAGAAGAAAGAACACUGCAGGAAGGAGAACAAACAGCUUCGUUUCAAAUCUAGCGGAGCUCUCCCCAGGAUCACGUGUACAACGCCCAGCGAGUCAGCGACCACCAGGCCCGAACUGGCGCCGCCCGGGACCCAAGCUUUUUUGGGUUAUCGUUGUGCCCCAUCAGCCUAAUCAUCAUCCACGUCUGUGUUCCAUCAGUCUCACCAUCGUCUUCCCCUGGGCUGCGCCUUGGUCUGUUUUCUUUGUUUCGAUGAUCCAGCUCAUCGAUACCUCAUGGUUCUUACGUGUUUCUUACUGCCCUAUACUCGCCGCCCCCGCCUUGCGUAAUUUAAUCUCUCGUCACUAUAUUAUUGCAUCCAAAUAAUGUCAGGAAACUACGACUAUCCACCCGCCUCUCGACGCUCUUCUC